CAGGGUCGGGAUUCACUCUCUCUUCCUAUCUCAGAACACAGUCUGAGGCUCACCUCCAGAAUUUACUGUUAAGUAUGAUGAGACCUAAGGAUCUGCGCCAGGGUUCUGGCACAAAGACCUUCCUGGAUGCCAUGCAUGGUGGCAAAGUGCACCUAGCACGCUUUGUCCUGGACGCGCUGGACAACCGCAUCAUCAACUCCAAGACAGAGAACGGCCGCACCCCUCUGAUGUUCGCCGUUUGCCUGCAGGACCCCAUGGCCAGGGCCAAGUUUACCCGUCUACUACUGGAGAAAGAGGCUGACGUGAACUGCCAGGACGAUUACGGGCGCACGUCCUUGAGCCUGGCCUGUGAACUGGGCCAACUGGACGUGGUCAAACUUCUGGUGCAGUUCAACGCAAACCCUGAUGUGUCUGACACCUGGGGGAACAGCGCACUGAUGUACGCAGCCUACACCGGCCACAGCCACGUGCUGGAGUUCCUAGUCAGGUCUUUCAAAAGAAUGGGCAUGAGGCUGGACCGUACCAACCACGCUGGCCACUCUGCCAUCCAGGUGGCCAAUUUCUUUGGGCACGACCAGUGUGUCCAGGCCCUAAACUCUGGGAGGAGGGGGUUGGUGUCAGAUGACCAACUAGGGGAGGUCGGGAUCGGGAAAGAGGCAGGGACCGAGCGGAGGCAACCAAACAAACUCCCCAGGCAGGUUCUGGAGAGGUUCUCUAAACCGUUCCACAGCACGGAUGAAGCCCAGCUACCUAAGGUGUUCCAGAGACAGCUGAGGGUCGGGGACAGCCACGAGCUGUGGGCGCGCAUCAAAUGCCAGAAUAAGUCCCUUGAGAGAAAAGGCAAUUGCCUAGAGAGGGGCCAGUCAGAAGAAGAACAGGAUGACAUAUUCCCAGCCAAACAGAUACAGUCACAGAACUGUAAGCUAAGGCACAUAAGGGGGGUUAAAACAAUGAGCCAUUGCCCAGAGCCAAGCCAGAAAGAUGUCAGCAGAAAUGGACGAAUGAAACAGGAGGAGCCAGAUAGUAUUUCAGUCUGGGGCAAAGCAAAGUCAUUUAACCUGGACCUGCUGAGCAGCAGAAAGCAGUCCUAUCAUGGGGAUGUGCGUGACAUGAGUCUAUCAGCCAGGAAAUUAAAGAGAGCCUCACUGCAGGAUGAAAGAUCCCUGAUAGUCAAGAAUGAAUGUCAAGAGAGCAACUGUGAGAUGACAAACGAUGCUGACAAAACUGUCACUGCGCAAAAAGCACUUUUAAACGGCAAAAGUCCAUCUCCGAGAGCGCCUGAGGAUUCCACCAGGGCGCCAAAAGAUGAAAAUAAUGACAUCGCUCAAUCAAGCAGGAGGGGGAGUCAGAAGUGCGGCGGCCUCCCUCCGAAUGGACGACUCAACAAACUCCUCUUUUACAGAGAAGAGAUGGAGCCGGAGAAGAUUCCUGUCCGUCCACCGGGGUUCACCGGGUUGGGAACCAGAUUACUUCGGCGAUUCACCGCCCCUGAGUUCAUGAGACUGGUAAUUAACUCUUCCUCCGAUUCCUCACAGGGCAGAGGGAGGAUGUCCCGGUCUGAGACUUUCCCCUUUUCUCACACUCACCAGAGAGUUAACAGUCAGCCAAGCGUGGACAGCAUUAGCGGGGUGAAGUGUGAAUUUGAGAGCAGUUCCUGCAGUGUCUCCUUCGAGUAAAAUGGAAAUCAACUGUUCAAUUUGGAGAAUUAGUGGCAGUUGAUUUAAUAAAGCAUUUUUACAUUCCUUUAUUCUUAGAUUGGAAAUAAAAAAUGAUCAUAUAGCUAAGCUAAGCUUGUGUUUCUUGAGUGUAACGAGUACAGACCAUUGCUUUGUCUGUAGAUUCACUUUUAUUUGACACAAUAUUAUAUUACACUACUAAUUAAAUGUGUAGCGUAUAUUCUAUUUAUCAUGUAUAAUUUUUUUAUAAUGAAUCACACACAGGCCAUGCUAUAUGAAUUGUAAUAUAUUUCUUAAAAUGUUUUCAAAUGUGACAGUAUUCUAAUUUCUGCAUUUGAUACAAUGUAUGUGUGAGAGAGGGGGGACGAGAGAAAGAAAGAGAGAGAUGGACCUGUGUGAAAGGGGACAUUAAACAUCAAACUGAAUAGGAACAAAAUAGUGGCUAGUUUAUAAAGAUCAAGAGUCAAUAUGCAUUUAUUUAUUUUUUUACAAAAAGAUUAUAAUGUAUCAUUUUUUUUUAAAACCUAGAAAUACUAAUACAUUAAAUAUAUUGUAUCACUGGUAAGAAUACAAAGACAAUGUGCAAUGUGUUCUCAGCUGGUGCACACAUUUUCUGUAGCAACACACACAUCCUUUAGUUUAAAAAGUCGGCCGCAACAGAGUGGAAGGGAUGGUUGAGGCAAACACUUUAUGCAUCCAGGCAUAAACACACACACUUAAUUAAGUUAAAUUCAUACCAUAUAAGUACAGUGGCUCUGCAAUUAAGUCAUAUAAUAUUACAAGUAAGUCCUGUACUUACAUGAUUUGUUCAUCUGCUACAUUUCAAGUUGAUCAUCUAAGGUUAAAACUUAUUUGCAAUUUCACGUUGCAAACCGUUCACAACACUUUUCGGGAAAAAGAAAAAUAGAAUAAAUAUUAAAAGGAACAUGAUUCCUUGAGCACAAUGAAAACAAACAGCCAUCCCCUCAUCUACAAAUUUGUCAUGGUGAUACUGGCGGCAGGUCUCUCAUAGUAGCAUGUUUUAAACAUUCUGAUCAGGCCAGGUCUGCCUUCAUUUGGCCAUGCAAAUUGUUUACUGACAAGGUGAACUUCAGUCAAUGUCCCAUAUGGUUGUAGAGGUAUGUAACAUCAAGCUUCUCUCCAAAUCAUGAGCUAUACAUGAUAAAAUAGUUUUUAAUUUCAGCACUUUUCAGGAGGAAUGAAGCAUUAUUUCAAUGAGCUGUAAGGGUACCAACAAAUUUGAGCACGUCUGUAAGUGGUACUCACUCAGAUGUUCUUAACACUUAAUGUUUUUGAGUACUGUUAACAAAACAAAUAUUAGGUUAUAGAGUAAAUCUAACUUUAUUUGUCUUUGUUCUGCUGAGUUUUUACAAGUUAUGAUUGUUUAAUAUUUUACUGUCAAUCUAACAUUUAUUAAAUAGGUUGUUCUUGCUUGAUUGUAUUGU